AUGGCUGGGGAUGCGGCUCCUCAGCCGACAGAACAUCAUCCACGCGUGGAAGCCGCCAAGGAUCAUCCUGUUAUGGUUGAUUCGGACGAUGAUGAAAUGGUCUCCCAAGAACUAGAGCAAAUGAGGAGUACAUUGGAAGAGGCGAUUGUGGAAACGCGCAGUACGCCUCUCGAAAAUCGAACGCGACUUCCCCGCAUAGCCCUAAGCAAGCGGAAUCGGGCUGUCGUGAGGGUUCUGAACCCAAUGCUGGUGACCUAUUUAGAAGCCAGCCGGGACCUACGCGAGACGGACUCAAUUAUUUUUGGCGCCGCACUGGCAGUCUGCCGUAUUAUAGGCGCCAAACUCUCCACGGCUGGACGCGCUACUGGACAAAGUAGUGCUAUCCCAGCCUAG